AUGGCAGAAGAAACUCAACAGAGCAAAUUGGCCAUAGCCCAGAAAAAGUUAAAAGAAUAUUGGCAGAGAAACAGCCUUGGUGUUCCAGCAGGAGCGAAGAGGAACAGGAAAACAAAUGGCAGUAGCCCUGAAACAGUCACUUCUGGUGGUUGCCACCCACCUGAGGAUUCAGCAACAAGUAUCCACGGGGAGGGCCCUACAUCAUCUGCUACCCUGAAGGAUCUGGAGGUAAGAGGCUCUGGAGGGAGCCUGUGCCAAGAACUAGCAGUAGUGCUGGACUCGAGGUCUGUAAAAAUCAGUCAACUGAAUAACAUCAUCAAAUCUUUGAAACAACAGAAGAAACAAGUGGAACAUCAGCUGGAAGAGGAAAAGAAGGCAAACAAUGAGAAACAGAAAGCUGAAAGGGAGCUAGAGGUGAAUGGAGGGUUUCAAAUCCAGAGACUGAAUAUACAGAAAGAGAAACUAAAUAUGGACCUGUAUCACACGAAACAUUCUCUCAGAUACUUUGAAGAAGAGUCCAAGGAUCUGGCUGGCCACCUGCAAUAUACAUUGCAGUGUAUAGGAGAGUUAGAGCGGGCUCUCUCUGUUGUCGCUGCCACACAGGAGAAGAAGAUCAAUCGAAACUUCUCACUCUUCGCCAUCCAGUUCUCAAGCCGCAGUAAAGCUCUUAUCGAGUGGCAGUUAGAGCAGUCCACACAGGAGAAGUCAUGGCUGAAAGCACACCUGACACGGUUGAAAGAGUCACUUAAACAAGUCCAGCUAGAGAGAGAUGAAUAUGCUCAACAUAUAAAAGGAGAGAGGGCCCAGUGGCAGCAGAGGAUGAGGAAAAUGUCGCAGGAGGUUUGCACAUUGAGGAAGGAGAAGAAGCAUGAUACGCGUCAGCUAGAGAAGCUGGAGAGGAGCUUGUCCAAACUCAAAAAGCAGCUGGCUGAACCCCUGUCCCCAGAGGCCCCAGCAGUUCCCUCUGAGGUGGAGCUGCAGCACCUGAGGAAGGAACUGGAAAGAGUGGCAGGAGAACUCCAGGCCCAGAUUGAAAACAAUCAGCGCAUAAGUCUCCUGAACCAGGGGCAAAAGGAGAGGCUUCGGGAGAAGGAGGAGAGGCUUCAGCAGCUGGCCAAGCCACAGAGUGGCUUCAAGGAGCUAAUCAAUGAGAACAAGAGCACACUGCAGUUGGAGCAGCAAGUAAAGGAGCUGCAGGAGAAGCUGGGCGAGGAGCGCCUGGAAGCUGCCAGCCAGCAGAACCAGCAGCUACGGGCCCAGUUGAGCCUCAUGGCUCUCCCUGGGGAAGGAGAUGGAGGAGAAUAUCUGGACAGUGAGGAGGAGGAGGCACCUCGGCCCAUGCCCAGCGUCUCAGAGGACCUGGAGAGCUGGGAGGCCAUGAGCGGCUUUAUGGACCUCCUGGAGGAGAAGGCGGACCUGAGUGAGCUGGUGGAGAAACAAGAACUUCAAUUCAUCCAGUACUGGAGAGAGAGAUGCCAUCAGAAAGCUCAUCACCUCAUAACAGAGCCAGGGGGUAGUGUCAAAGAUGCGGCACCGGGAGAAGGACAUCAUCAGGCUGGCCCAGGACAGGGAGGAGAUGAACGUAGGGUCUGUGGAGCUGCAGGAGAUGGUGUUGCGGCUUGUGACGACUACAACAAGGGGCACAGCAAAUUCCUGGCCACUGCCCAGAACCCUGCUGAUGAGCCCGGUCCAGGCCCAGCCCCCCAGGAGCUUGGGGCUGCCGACAAGCAUGGUGAUCUUUGUGAGGUGAGCCUCACAGUGGAGCCUGCGCAAGGAGAGGCCAGGGAGGGUGCUCCCCACGACAACCCUACUGCACAGCUAAUCAUGCAGGACUACCAGGAGCCCCUAGGCUUGGGCAGCAACCCCUGUGUGCCAUUCUUUUGCUGGGCUUGACUGCUGAGGAGAAGGAGAUAA